GUCGCUGGGGAAACGGUGGGGCUGCUGUUGUGACAGGCAGCAGAGCGCGCCAAACAGCCAUGAGCUACCGGCCUGGGCGCUGGAGUAAAGCUAGCAGAGCAAAGGGAAUAAAACGUGGCCAAUAAUGGAGAAAAACGUCCAGGACGUCCUUCACAAACCUGAAAAUCCAGAAUCUGGAAGCGAGCAAGAGGACAGCGGCUUCUCUAAUGAUUUCUCAGUGAGCCAGAUGGGCUCAGUGUCGUCAAGCCAGUCCAAUGAAGCAGGAGCCAACGGACAGUCUGAACAGAAAGACGACUCUUGUGGAGAAGUAAGCCCUCCAUCUAAGGCAGCCCAUGGGGACUUCAGUGAUCCUGUAUAUAAGGAGAUUGCACUCGCGAAUGGUGUUAUCAACCGGAUGACCCGGGAUGAACUACGAGCCAAAUGUACCGAGCUGAAUCUUGACACAAGAGGUGUGAAAGAUGUUCUGAAGAAGCGCCUUAAGAAUUACUACAAGAAGCAGAAACUGAAGCAGUCGGCAGCUGCUGGAGGGCCCGGUGACUCGUACUAUGACUACAUCUGUGUGGUGGACUUUGAGGCUACCUGUGAAGAGAGUAAUCCAUCAGAUUUUCUUCAUGAAAUCAUCGAAUUCCCCAUGGUCCUGAUCGACACGCACACCUUGGAGAUUGUAGAUUGUUUCCAAGAGUAUGUGAAGCCUGAAUUGAACCCACAGCUUUCAGAUUUUUGUAUUGAGCUAACGGGCAUAGCGCAGGAAAUGGUAGAUGAGGCAGAUAUUUUUCCACGUGUUUUUCGCAGAGUGGUUGCCUGGCUGCAGGAGAAAGAGCUUGGCACGAAGUACAAAUAUGCUCUACUAACAGACGGGUCUUGGGAUAUGAGUAAAUUCCUUUACACACAAUGCCGUUUAAGUCGCAUUCGGUACCCUCAGUUUGCCAGAAAGUGGAUCAACAUUAGAAAGUCCUAUGCAAACUAUUACAAGGUGGCCCGCAACAAGACAAAACUCAGCUGCAUGCUGGAGAAUCUUGGCAUGAAGUAUGAGGGCCGACCCCACUGUGGUCUUGAUGACUCACGCAACAUUGCGCGCAUUGCCAUCCACAUGCUGAAGGAUGGCUGUCAGCUGAGGGUCAACGAGUGCUUGUAUGGAGGCGAGCCACAGAGCGUGCCCAUUAGUGCACCUUUGGAAGGAGCCCCGCCUCCUCAGAGGCCCAAAAGCAGAGACUAAAGACAUAUUUCCCAAUGACCUUUGAUUUCCCAAGGCCAGCGGUAAGCUAUGGAGAUCACAUUGUCAGGGAAGAACUGCUUUGUACACACUGGUGGUGCUGGGACCUCUGAUGUUUUACCCCCUUUUUUCUAGUAUUUUCUUUAUUUAGAUCACAUAAUGCUCAAAGUUCACCAAUAGAUUAUGAUCAAGAAAGUGGUCUGAACAAACAGCCUGUCUGUGUUUAGACUUCUGUCAGAAGCUGAUCUGACUUUGUCUUUUUGUUUUUUUCAGUACAUGCUUUGUAAUCUAUAUCAUACAAGUGUUAUUUUCAUCACCAGAUGUGCACAUUCAAACGCACGGUUUACUAACAACAUUUGCUACACGCUGAUUCCUCUGCUGUUUGGAAAGGUCCAUUACUUGCACACCAAUAAACUACAAAUAAAUUCCUGUUUUCAUUUCCCA